GCCACUUCCGCUUCCGGUCCGUCGCCUCCUUCGGUUGCUUCCCGUCCGCUCGGCGGCUCCCCUCCCCCGCCGGGCUCUCUGCGCCCCUCCCGGGCGCCGGGGCGGCGGGGCCGUCGGCGUGCGGCCCAUCCGUGCGUCCGCGCGUGCGCCCGAGUGCGCCUCCGCGUCCGCCGCCCGCGGCCAGGCGCGCGCCCCGCGACACCGAGGCCGAGCUGGGGCAGGGGUCUGCCCGCCAUGACCCCCCGGAGCCCGGCGUGAGGGGCCGAGAUGCGGUGACCCACCAGCUCCUGCCGCUGUCGUCUUCCUCGAGUCACUCCAUCUCGCCACACCCCGGGGGGCCCAGCACCCUCACCACCACCUGCCACCAUGUCGACCUCGUCGCUGCGGCGCCAGAUGAAGAACAUAGUCCACAACUACUCAGAGGCUGAGAUCAAGGUCCGAGAAGCCACGAGCAACGACCCCUGGGGCCCGUCCAGCUCCCUAAUGUCUGAGAUCGCUGACCUCACCUACAAUGUCGUCGCCUUCUCCGAGAUCAUGAGCAUGAUCUGGAAGCGGCUCAAUGACCAUGGCAAGAACUGGAGGCACGUCUACAAGGCCAUGACGCUGAUGGAGUACCUCAUCAAGACCGGCUCGGAGCGCGUGUCACAGCAGUGCAAGGAGAACAUGUACGCCGUGCAGACGCUGAAGGACUUCCAGUACGUGGACCGUGACGGCAAGGACCAGGGUGUGAACGUGCGUGAGAAGGCCAAACAGCUGGUGGCCCUGCUGCGUGACGAGGACCGGCUGCGGGAGGAGCGCGCCCACGCGCUCAAGACCAAGGAGAAGCUGGCGCAGACUGCCACUGCCUCCUCAGCAGCGGUGGGCUCUGGGCCCCCCCCGGAGGCAGAGCAGGCGUGGCCACAGAGCAGCGGGGAGGAGGAGUUGCAGCUGCAGCUGGCCCUGGCCAUGAGCAAGGAGGAGGCCGACCAGGAAGAGCGGAUCCGCCGUGGGGACGAUCUGAGGCUGCAGAUGGCCAUAGAGGAGAGCAGGAGGGAGACCGGCGGCCAGGAGGAGUCAUCCCUCAUGGAUCUUGCUGACGUCUUCACGGCCCCGGCUCCACCGCCAGCCUCGGACCCCUGGGGGGGCCCAGCACCCAUGAGCGCCCACACCUCGGACCCUUGGGGGGGUGCCCCUGUCCCUCCAGCUGCUGAUCCCUGGGGUGGUCCGGCCCCUACACCAGCCUCUGGGGACCCUUGGAGGCCUGCUGCCCCUGCGGGGCCCCCGGUUGACCCUUGGGGUGGGACCCAGGCCCCUGCAGCUGGAGAGGGGCCCACGCCUGACCCGUGGGGGAGCUCUGAUGGUGGGGCCCCAGUUGGCGGACCCCCUGCCUCUGAUCCCUGGGCUCCAGCCCCGGCCUUCUCAGACCCCUGGGGAGGGUCACCUGCCAAGCCCAGCACCAAUGGCACUGCAGCAGUGGGGUUUGACGUGGAGCCUGAUGAGUUCUCUGAUUUUGACCGACUGCGCACGGCCCUGCCAACCUCCGGGAGCAGCACAGGGGAGCUGGAGCUGCUCGCUGGAGAGGUGCCUGCCCGCAGUCCUGGGGCGUUUGACAUGAGUGGGGUCGGGGGCUCUCUGGCUGAGGCUGUGGGGAGCCCCCCGCCCGCAGUUGCUCCAACCCCGCCACCGCCCACACGGAAGACACCAGAGUCAUUCCUGGGGCCUAACGCAGCUCUUGUCGACCUGGACUCGCUCGUGAGCCGGCCGGGCCCCACGCCGCCAGGAGCCAAGGCCUCCAACCCCUUCCUGCCAAGCGGAGCCCCGACAGCCGGUCCCUCCAUCACCAACCCCUUCCAGCCUGCACCCCCUGCGACGCUCACGCUGAACCAGCUCCGGCUCAGCCCUGUGCCCCCGGUCCCUGGAGCACCACCAACAUACAUCUCUCCCCUUGGUGGGGGCCCUGGCCUGCCCCCCAUGAUGCCCCCAGGCCCCCCGGCCCCCAACACUAACCCCUUCCUUCUAUAAUCCAGGAGGGAGGGGGAUUUGGCCUGGCCUGGCUUCCCCCAUUUCUGCUCCCUGGGAGACCAGUGUUGUGAGUGCAUGUGAAGCGGGGGACCCCCCGCCCCCACCCCAGCACCCUCUCCCUCCUGGGGCCCACUCACACUACACCCUCCUCCAUGUCCCCCACCCCACCUCCCUGGAGAGAAACUGGACAUGGGGGAUGGGGAGGGGUGCUGGCCAGAGGAGGACCCCUUUCCUGUGGCAUUAGAAAGGGGAGGGACAGCUGGGGGUCCCCCCACCCAUUCCCCUCCCUCCCAACUGGCCCCUCAAUCAGUGUUUGAGCCUCCUCGUCCCCAUGCACACCCCUUGGUGAAUCCUUGGUGAUAAUUUUGGCGACUUCGGGAAUAAAUGGCAAUUCUCACGGGUGUGGCUCCCCCAAGCUCCCAUCCAUGAUUCAUAGGACCCC